AUGGAAGUCCCUGGGGAAAGCCUGCCGGAGACCCAAAUUCUGGCCCAAGAAACCACAAUCAUUUUGAAUACUAACGCAGGUAGAGAUAGAACUCUUGCCUCAUCUGAAAGCAGGAAGAAUCGGAAAGGAUACUUUCCCCCGGAGUCCGUGAAAAUCCUUCGUGACUGGCUGUAUGAGCACAGGUUUAAGGCCUACCCUUCACAGAACGAGAAGCAAAUGCUGUCAGAGCAGACCGGUUUGAAUUUCCUGCAGAUUGCUAACUGGUUCAUCAACGCCCGCAGAAGAAUUCUCCCAGAAAUGCUUCAACAGGAUGGAUAUGACUUCAACCAGGUCACCAUGACCCACCUAAAAGGCAAGGCUGUUGAUAUGACUAACAUGCACAGCACUGAUCCAUCUACGCCUGCCAAGGCAGGGUCUAGAGAUCCAGGCACGGCACAAUGCCUGUUCCUGUGUCCUCAGCCAAGAAGGCUAGAGUCAGGGGAGAAGUUUUCACAUCCAGUGUCGGUCUCAGGCCAGAAACUGAAGGACGAGCCAAAGAAGGUCAUGAUUUCUACCGGAGAAUCCCUGCCGAUGUCUUCUGAACCCAUAUCAACAGAAGAGUAUGAGGAUUUCAGCAACUUCCAGCUACUAGUUGAUGUAGCUGUACAAAGGGCUGCCGAACUGGAGCUCCAAAAGAAGAAAGAGUCUAGUCCAUAA